GAAACCCAAAACCCCCAAAUUUGAGAAAUUAUAUUCCCAAUCUCAAUUCUAUCUCGUCCCCAAUUGACACUCUGAAAACCCUAAUUUCUCAAUGGGGAGUAGCGCUGGCAGCGAUGUCGAGGCAGGGUUCGCGAAGCUGCAAGGCGAAGACUUCGAGUACUACAUGCAGACCUACUCAAUCAUCCUCGGCCGCAACUCCAAGAAAUCCUCCGUCGACGUCGACCUCUCCUCCCUCGGCGGCGGAAUGAACAUCAGCCGCCACCACGCCCGCAUCUUCUACGACUUCCAGCGCCGCCGCUUCGCCCUCGAGGUCCUCGGAAAGAACGGCUGCUUCGUCGAGGGCGUCCUCCACCUCCCAGGCAACCCCCCCGUCAAGCUCGAUUCUCAGGAUCUCUUACAAAUUGGAGACAAAGAAUUCUACUUUCUGUUGCCCGUUCGGAGCAUUCUCGGUGGGCCCGUUGUUCCGAGGCAUCACGCGGUUAAUUUCCCGGUCGGCGGAACUCCGGCGCACCACCAGCACCAUCUUGCUGGUCAGAGCCAGCAGAUGCAUCAUUUGGGGUUGAAUCCACCCAUUAGUAGCGGAGGGCCGGGGUAUGGGAGGAAGGGAAGGGGGAGGGGAGAGUAUAUUGAGGAUGAGUAUAAUGAGGAGGAUGGUGGUGGUGGCGGUGGCGGUGGGGAAGAUGCUUUGUCGGGAGGGAAGAGAAUGAGACGGGUUGAUGGUGUCGAGGGUCCGGUGAGCGGUGUUUUUGGGUAUGGUUCUGGUGGCAAAGCAGGGUCCUCAGGGCAAUUCGAUAAAAAGGUUGAUGGAAGAAAUCGUGUUGACAGAGAAGCUGACAACCAGCAGCUUCUUCAGUUAGAGGAAAAGGAUGUUGUGUCAUCAGUAGCAACAGUCCUGUCUGAUUUAUGCGGUCCUGGAGAAUGGAUGCCGAUGGAGAAACUUCACUCUGAGUUGGUGGAACAAUUCGGCAAUAUAUGGCACCAUAGUCGUGUAAGGAGAUAUCUGACAUCUGAGGAUUAUUCUAGCCCAGAAGCAAAUGCAAAACCAUGGCAUGGAAUGCUUACGUUGUUAAGGAAAUAUCCGGAGCACUUUGUUAUCAACACAAGAUCCAAGGGAAGGGUUGCACAGGAGUUCGUCUCUCUUGUCUCACUUCUAUCGUGAAAACUUUUAAGCAUCCACAGAUGUGUGUAACAUGUAAAUUAUCUAGACCAUUAUAAGAUCAAUUACUAUGCGAAUUUUGUAUUAUGGGAGCUUUGAUUCGAAGAAAGUUCAUGUCCGUGCUUUGGAUCUUGUUUUGUAUUCUCAGAAGGCUUUGUCUUGUCUUGUCUUGCACAUAUAACAACUGUUUAUUUUUUCAUCUGAGUUCCUGUUGGUAUUCGUUGUAGAUGGUGUCUGAUCACCGGUUUUUUCCAGGUGUAGUGUUUACGUUUAUAAUUUAUU